GGAAAGUAAUGAUGCGGAAAAGUGUGUAUUUAUCAUUUCCGUUUAGUCACCCAAAGCUGAGAGCAAACAGAAGUUGGAGCUACACCUGUUCGUUCAGUGUUUCUGCAAUAAUAAAAGUUGAGAAGGACAACAAGUUAACACCAUGGGAGGCUGUACGGAGUGGCUGGAGAUGAGCCAGAAGAAUAAGCCACAAUCCAAUACGCUAUCGGCAGGAAUCAUGACGCUGAUGACGACGGGAUUUGUGAUUGGCUCGUCAAUAUUCAACAUGGACUUCCAUAGCCAGUCGUGGACGUUCCACCACUCCGAUAGCACCGUCCUGCUGGCAACUUUAUCCUUCUACAUCGCGGCUAUGAUUGGAUCCGUCGUCGGGUAUCUCCUAGUGGAACGAUACGAGAAGAAACCUAUUUCGAAAGUCUACCUCUGUCUGGUGAUUGUAGCCAGCAUUCUGAUGAUCGCCCUGCCCCAGCACAUCGUUGGCGUCACAUUUGCCCGAGUCCUGUUCGGGCUGGCGCACGGAAGCGCCUACCUGGUGGUGCUAAUUCACGGCGGAGAAGUUGCCAUCAAAGAAAUGCGCGGUAUGAAUAUGUCGGCUGUACACUACUGUCUGACGGUUGGUGUCCUAAGUCAUGGUUCAUUCAGUCCGACCGCCACGUUCGGACAGGCGAUCGAACCGAAUCGUAUCAUCGGCAUCAUUGGACUGACUUGUGCUGUGCUGGGAGGUGGAUUAGCUCAGUUUCUAACGUACGAAUCCCCGGUGUAUUUGAUUCAGCGAGGACGCGACGCGGAAGCGAUCACCACGAUGAUGAAACUACGCCAAGAGUCCACCGAAACGUGGGACAUUCGCAACGAUUACACCGAAUUCAAGGCGAUGCUUCAGGAGGAUGACGAAAGCUCGAGGUCGACUUUUCGAGACGGAAAUCUGCGACCACUAGCGUUGCUAUCGCUCGGCAAGCUAGCUUCCGUCCUAUCGUUCAAUGUGGCCCUCAAUCUGGUCCGGUUGUAUACUCUCGAUAAGCUGUUUGGGAUGGAAAACUACAGCCUAUCGGCGACGAUGAUUUUAACAAUCCGUCUGAUUGCGGGAGUGCUGUUUUUCUACACGAUUGAUGCGUUCGGUCGUCGAGUUCCCAUGGCGAUGUCCUCCUUCGCCAGUGGCGCUUUUCUGACGAUUUUUGGCAUUGUGUUCCUUUGCGCGGAAUCCAUCAAUCGAGACGUGGGUAUCGCCAUCAUGCUCACUUAUGACGUAGUGGCUUCCGCCGGAGUGACCUUCGUGCCGGAUGUGUACUGCUCGGAAGCGUUCUCCACGCAGAAAAAGGCCGCCUCGAUCGCCGCGGUACAAACAGUGGAAAACAUAUUACAGAUCACGAUCAUCGCCGUGUUCUUCUCGUGGGAUUUGACGAACGAAUCGUACUAUGCGGGAAUUACGCUGGCCUGUGGCAUUCCGUUGAUUGCGCUGGCAGUGGUGUUUUACAGGUAUCUGCCGGAGACUGCCAAGAUGAGCAUCCGACAAUCGCGAACCGAAUUCUCGAAGCGGGGAGAGAUUGUUUUCCGAGGCACGAAACAACCGCGGAACUAUUUGAACGACUGAGUGGACGAA